UAGUCCACUCGCUGCGCUCUUCGACCUAGCCGAACCCUCUAAGUUUGGAAGCAUGCUUGAUCUUGUGCGGACCGUCGAAUCGCUCGCGGCGUUGCCUCAUGCAUCUGCCACUGCCACCCUCUCCCUCUCUCGCCGUGGGCACCACCCCCUCAAUAUUCAUCCACGACGGCCUGGCUCGAGCUCAGGCGUGCAGUACGAGCAUCACCACGAGCGCGACAACAGUGGCACUGUGAAGCGCAUCGAAGGCCCGAGACGGAACGAUGGGCACGCAGGGUAAGUGCCCAGCAUGCGUAUGCGACCGACGAGCGCGUGAGCAACAGAC